ACGAUAAUCAUAAUAUCUCUCUUCUCUGCUUCCACUAAAUUUCUCCAUCAAUCAAUACAGAAGAGGGAGAGUGUUUGAGUUUGAAACCUUAAUUUUAGUGUUUAUUUGAAUUCAAUCCGGAUUCUUUCUAAGGUAACUUUUCCAUUUUCUGAUCAUUAUUUGAAGUUUCAGUUUGUUAAAUGCUCUGAAAUAAUAAGUUCAUUAAAUGACUUAAAUCAUCUGUUUUUUCGAUGUUUAGUUCAUGCUGAGAUUUGUGUGUUUUCAGCACCAUUUCAGCUGAGUUAAGUUUGUUUUGGUGCAAUUUCUCCGACUUGUUAUUUUCGUUCCGAUUUUUAUGUAAUUUUGAAGUCAAAUUCUGGUGAAAUUUAACUGGAGUUGAUCGAGAAGAGUUGUGUUUCUGAUCAUUUUGGUGCUGGGGUUUGUUACUUGAUAAGUUAAACCGUUAAACCCUAGAUCUUGUGUUAGGGUUGAUAUUUAGUACUUCAUAUUAAUUCAGUUUGGUGAAGGAUCUCAUUUUUAGGUGGUUCAAGUAUAUUUCCUAUUGAAUUUGUCAGCCAUAAGAAGUUGGGGGAUUAAUUUAGACCUUUAAAGAAAUCUUAAAUGAGGAACCCCAACAAGAAUCAAAUCCUGUCCAUUUUCAUCUCUCUCUUUCUAUCAGGUUUGAUUCAUCAAAUAUCUGGUGCUGAUAAUUCAACAUAUGUUGCACCUGAUAACAACCUCCUGAACUGUGGUUCACCCUCAGAAACUACGGAUACUGAUGGUAGGAAAUGGGAAGGUGAUAAUUCAAAAUUUGCACCUUCAGAGAAAAACACGUUAACAUCUCGGGCUUCUUUUCAAGAUCCUUCUGUUGCUGAAGUACCAUACAUGACAGCCAGAAUUUUCACUUCUAAUUUCACUUACAGUAUUCCUGUUGGUAGUGGUCGAAAAACUGUUCGUCUUCAUUUUUAUCCAGCAUCUUACGCCGAUCGGAAUGCCUCUGAUGCUAUCUUUGCGGUUUCAUCCGGUGGCUAUACUCUUCUUAAGAAUUUCAGUGUAUCACAAACUGCCGAGGCUUUGAAUUAUGCUUUUAUUGUCAAGGAGUUCAUUAUCAAUGUAGAUAGUGGAAGAGUGAACAUAACCUUCACACCAUCAUCAAGUUACAACAACUCUUAUGCGUUCGUUAAUGGGAUUGAGGUGAUCUCAAUGCCGGAUAUCUACAGUACAGAUCAAGCUCAAAUUGUGGGUCAAGAUGCGGGAAUUUUUAAAAUCAUCGAUAACACUACUGCCCUUGAGAAUGUUGUCCGUCUAAACGUUGGGGGAAAUCAAAUCUCUCCAGUGCAGGAUACUGGUUUAUUUCGUUCAUGGUCUGAUGAUUCACCAUAUAUUUUUGCUGCCCAGCUUGGUGUGACUGAUGCUGCGAAUUCCACCAGCAUGAAGAUUAAAUAUGAUCCAAGUGUGCGUCCCUAUGCUGCGCCAGAAAGUAUAUAUUUGACUGCUCGAACAAUGGGACCAAGCCCAGAUAUUAAUAAGAAUUACAAUCUGACUUGGGUUUUUGCAGUUGACACUGGUUUUUUCUACCUUGUCAGGCUACAUUUCUGUGAGUUCCAAUCAGCUAUAACUAAGAUCAAUCAAAGGGUGUUCCAGAUCCUUCUUAAUAAUCAGACUGCUCAGGAGGAAGCUGAUGUUAUCAUUUGGACCGGAGAUAAGGGAAAUGGUAUUGCCGUGUAUAAGGAUUAUGUUGUGAAUGUUCCGAAGGGGGUAGGCCAGCAGGAUCUAUGGCUUGAGCUACACCCUGCAAUAAGAUCGAAACCCGAGUAUUAUGAUGCCAUCUUAAAUGGGUUGGAAAUAUUCAAGUUAAGUGAUCCCAGUAAUGGAAAUCUUGCUGGGCCAAAUCCAAUUCCUGCUCCUGUGCAGGUAAAAAUAGACCCAUCUUCUCCAAGCAAUUCUGGGAAAUCAAAGAGUCAAGCUGGAAUUAUCGCAGGCGGCGUUAUAGGUGGUGUGGCUGCUAUGUGUCUUCUUUGCUUCGUUGUCUUCGUGGUAUUCCGAAGGAGGAAGCACGGGGAUUCUGGAGCUAGUGAUGGUCCACCUGGGUGGCUGCCACUUUCUCUUUAUGGUAACUCCCAUACUGCAUCUUCAGGGAAAACAAAUACAACCGGAAGCUAUGCUUCGUCACUUCCUUCAAAUCUUUGCCGUCACUUCUCAUUUGCUGAAAUUAAAGCCGCUACGAAGAAUUUUGAUGACGCUUUAAUCUUGGGUGUUGGUGGUUUUGGAAAGGUUUACAGGGGUGAGAUCGACGGUGGGACGACUAAAGUUGCCAUCAAGCGUGGAAACCCUCUCUCUGACCAGGGUGUUCAUGAAUUUCAAACAGAAAUUGAGAUGCUCUCUAAGCUUCGUCAUCGCCAUCUUGUAUCCCUAAUCGGGUACUGUGAAGAAAACUCUGAAAUGAUUCUUGUUUAUGAUUAUAUGGCUCAUGGAACUCUUCGUGAACACCUCUACAAGACCCAAAAUGCCCCAUUAUCAUGGAAGCAAAGGCUUGAGAUAUGUAUUGGUGCUGCUCGCGGUUUACAUUACCUACACACAGGUGCCAAACACACAAUUAUUCACCGUGAUGUGAAGACAACAAACAUACUCUUGGAUGAAAAAUGGGUUGCGAAAGUUUCAGAUUUUGGGUUAUCAAAAACAGGACCUUCAUUGGAUCAUACUCAUGUCAGUACUGUCGUGAAAGGUAGUUUUGGGUAUUUGGAUCCGGAGUACUUUAGAAGGCAACAAUUAACAGAGAAAUCAGACGUGUAUUCAUUUGGUGUCGUGUUGUUUGAGGUCCUAUGUGCAAGACCAGCAUUAAAUCCAUCUUUAGCGAAGGAGCAAGUAAGCUUAGCAGAAUGGGCUUUACAUUGCCAGAAGAAGGGCAUACUUGACCAGUUAACUGACCCUUACUUGAAGGGUAAAAUAGCACCAGAGUGCUUCAAGAAAUUUGCUGAGACUGCCGAGAAGUGUGUAAAUGAUCAAGGUACUGAGCGACCAGCAAUGGGUGAUGUCCUUUGGAACCUCGAAUUCGCUUUACAAUUACAAGAAAGCAUGGAGGAAAGUGGUGGAAUUAUUGGCGACAUGGACGAUGAAGAAACCCCAUUUACCAAAUAUGAGAAGAAGAAGGAUUCUGAUGCAUUUGAUGGAAACAUAACUGAUUCAAGCAGUGGGAUAACAAUGAGCAUUGGAAGGAGCAUCACUAGCGAGGACUCUGACGGCUUAACACCUAGUGCUGUUUUCUCACAGAUAAUGAACCCUAAAGGAAGGUGAGGUCACCAUUGAACCUAAAGAACAUUUUAAACGGCCGAGGAAAUUGUUACCGGACCUGCUGAACUCUGUAAGAUCAUUGUUUCGUUGAUGAGGUAACACGUAAUCAAACUUAAUUUUGUUUUCUUGUUAUAUCCGUGUUAACUUAUAAUCUAUAUAUAUUUUUUUGAUCUGUUUGAUCAUCUGUUAUAAUUUUACAUUUACUUGCUUGGGUUUUGUAAUAACACUGUAUUAUUCUUAUACUGCAAAAUUGUAAUGAUGUAUGAUAUUCUUAAUGGGUGUUGAAUCAAACUGUAUUAUUCUUUCCGCCAA